CUUCCACCCGUUAAAGUCGUCUUCCAGUUGUCCCCUAGUAAAGCUGCUCUCGGGGGCCAUUCACCUUCAUAUAACAGUUAUCUUAAAAUGUCUAGUCGGCUGCUCCUCAGGGCUUUCGUAAACGAGCGACUGACAGCUGCUGCCGAGGAAAUAUUUCAGGUUUUUGAAAGAACAAUAGCAACAUAUGAGGAAGAAGCUUCCAGCUCAAAGCAGGAGAAUGAACGUCUCCGAGGUCUGCUGCUGGAGGUCGUGUCAAACCAGAAAACAGACUUUUCUCAGUCAUCCAUCUGUAAAGAGGAAAGUCCCCCCGAGCAGCAGCACUGCGAGCUGGAGCCGAGCCUCAGCGUCUGUCACAGGGACCCAGAGCCUCGACACAUUAAAGAGGAACAUCACGAACUCUGGGCCGACCAGCAGCAGCAGCAGCAGGUUCAAGAGUUUAAGGAGGCUGACGUCUCAUAUCUACCUCAUUCAUCUGUCUGGGAGGAAAAUGAGCAGGGGGAGACGAAACCGCCUUUGCAACCUCAAAAUGGUGAAAGUGAGGAGCAGUGUCAGGCGCUGCAGGAAACGAAAACUCUGCGGUUCAUACUACCUUUCACCGCAACUCCGUCUUCACACACUCUGAUCCAGAAUGAAAGGGUCCAAGAUGGUAGGGAAAAUGAGAGACCUGCUGCAAGAUUUACAUCUAACCGAACACAGACAGACCAAAGUCAGAGUUCCGUCAUUGCUUCCAGAAAAUCUCACUUGAAUUCAGGUGUAUCUGACAAUUGUUGCCAUUUGUGCGAUAAAUCCUUUUCCUCCAAUCAUCACUUGAUAAAUCAUGCUUUUCGCAUGCAUUCAAAGGACGCAGAUGUCCUCUGUGCUGUGUGUGGACGGACCUUAGAGUCCACCGAAAGUCUCAAUGUGCACCUUCAAUCACACAAGGGCUCAAAAUGUUGUCACGUGUGUGGUAAACACUGCAACAGUGUGUCCGCUCUGAAUGAACACAUGAGCAGCCACACCGGCGUUAAACUGCAUCGCUGUAAUGUUUGUGGCAAAGAGUGCAGCCGGAAAGGAGAUUUAAAGAUCCAUAUGAGGAUUCACACGGGCGAGAAGCCUUUCUGCUGCUCUUAUUGUUGUAAAUGUUUCACCCACAGCGGACAUCUAAGGAAGCACAUGAGAAGCCACACAGGCGAGAGGCCGCACCGGUGUGAAGUCUGCGGCAGAGGGUUUCUACAGAGUGCACACCUAAAAUACCACUUAGGGACUCAUGCUCAGAAAUGUUGACUUUCAUCCAUCUAGGUGCAUAUUUACAACCCUGCUUCCAAAAAAGUUACGCUGUGUGAAAUGUAAAUUGAAACAAAAUGUGAUGAUGUGCAAAACAUUGAAACUCCAUGUUUAACUGAAAAUAGCCAACUUCAUCAAAUGUUGAGACUGAAAAAAAUUGUUUGAGAAUUAUACGCCCAUUUAGAAUUUGAUGCCAGCAACACACUUCAAAGCAGUUCAGUCAGUGGCAACAAAAGACUGGAAAAGUUGAGAAAUGCUAAAAGCAAAACACCUGGUGGAACAUCUUGCAAUUCAUUAGGUCAACUGGUUAGUAAGUUAGUAACGUGAUUGGGAUGCUCUUUUUAUACCCAGUCUUAAGUAAAGAUGUAGGAGGGGUUCACCACUCUGAAAGACUCCGCUGGUAAAUUUAAGAAAAAUGUUUAACAUAAAAUUGUAAAGAAUCUGGAGAUUUCAUUAUCUGCAGUCAAUAAUAUCAUUAAAAGAUAAAAAAAAAAUCAGAAUAAAUCUCUGUACGCAAGGAACAAACCAAUAUUGGAUGGCCGUGAUCUUCGGGCCCUCAGGCUGCAUCAAAAACAGACACAAUUCUGUAGUGGGCAUUACUGCAUGAGCUGAAGCACACUUCCAAAGAUCAGAGGAAACCUUAUAUAAACCAGAUCCAGAAAAGCCGUACGUCGUCUGCGGGCCCAAGCUCAUUUAAGAUGGACUGAGGCAUUUGGAAAACUGUCCUGUGGUCUGAUGAGUCAAAAUUUAAAAUUCUGUUUGGAAGUCAUGGACGCUACGUCCUCCGGGCAAAAGAGGACCGGGACCAUCCAGCUUAUAAGUGCACAGUGUAAACGCUAGCGUCUGUGGUGAUAUGGGUGUGCAUUAGUGCACAUGGUAUGGGUAACCUCGUUUGUGAAGGCAACAUUUUGGAGUAACAUGCUGCCAAGUAGACAUCUUCAGGGUCUUUUUCAAGGAUGGCCAUGCUUAUUUCAGUAAGACAAUGCCAAAAUACAUUCUGCACUUAUUACAACAGCCUGGCUCCGUAGUAAGAGUCAGGUGGCUAGACCUACAGGCCUGCAGUCUCCACUUAUCACCCAUUGAAAAUGUUUGGCACAUUCAAGCGGGAAGCUUCCGGUCGUGACUCCAGUCUUCAAUACAACAUGAUACACAUUUAGUAAAUUAUGGUCCCAUUUAGAGGAAAUUACACCAUAAAGCAGAUUCUACUUCAGGGUGAGAUUAUCUAUGGUUGACAAGUCGUUACCAUGGCGACCUGUCAAUCAGGCUAGAGUGACUCAUGCCCACGGCCGUUGAAAGAGUAUUAGGAGUUGGCUGUUUACUUUCUCCGGUGAGUACACUUAGUUUUAAGACAUUGUCAGCCCUGUUGACAGUUAACGUGAAUUACAGAUGCAGCUAGCUAGCUUCACACACGGCCGUUAGCUCCACCGUCUCGUCCAAAUAUGGUCACGUCCGGUGCCGCUGGGUGCAAAAAGUCAACAUGGCGGCGCCCUAU